GUGUUUUUGGCUUGUUUGCUUUAGUUAGUUAGGCAGGUUUACUGACCGGAGUUCAAAAUUCCUGCCUUGCAAAAGCAAACAGAGAUCAAAGACCGCCAAAUGAAUUCUGUGGCUCGUCCAGAUUGAUUUUCAGACGGAACGACCCUGCUGAGUUUCCAUAAAUAAGAGUUCCUUCUCUAUACCGUUUCCUCUCCCCCCCCCUAUUCUAAACUCCUCUCAUCUUUAUUCGUUUCCUUAUUAUAAAAGUACGGUAAAGGCCAUUACCCGAAGACCCCGCUAGCAGGAGCUUUUGACUUGCUCCUUAAAGGAAUUAAAUAAGCUGGAUGGUUGUAGCGUUUCCUUGGGUUGAGCUCCUGUUGGCUGUUAGGUAGUUGUUUCACAAGAAAGAAAGAAAUGAAAAAAAGAAAGAAAGAGAAGGGGAUGUGGAUUAAUUUUCCAUGGUGGUUUUUAGGGGAGAGAAGUGAAAUCUUAAAACUCUCAUUUCAAAUGCAGGCAUGCUGCCCUUUGCCACUUUUCAGAAAUCUUGGACCAAAAGUCUUCUCAUCUCCAGCCAAUAAGUCACUUGGUGGCGUCAUGUUAAACAAGAGUGUAGAAAUAGUUCUAACUUCCCCCCCCCCCACAAGCCACAGAUGUCAGAUACCUGCCAUUUCAGAUCAGUCUGGUUAGAUGUCACAAGCAUUCCAAGCUGCUCAAGUCCAGAUUCAUGCAAGUGACAGCCCAGCAGCGCAUUCAUCUGUUCAGGACAGGAGAUGUUCUUUGUGAAAAACUUGUAAAUGGGUUAAUUUGAAAUGGCCAUCCUUGCUUUUUAAAAUGGUCCUCAAGUUAUACGGUUUUAUCUGCCCAGUGAUGGGAGAUUUCAUCCAGCAUGUCUGGAUGCCACAAGAUUAAGAAAACUGAUUUAUGCAUGAACUUCUGUGAAGACAAGUAAAAAUAGAAUAUUAAAAAAGUACACAGAGGGAGAACAAUGGAAUGAUCAGAAAUAUAUAUGACCCCCUCAAUUAAGUAAAGAGAUGAUCUUCAACUCUUAGCACCUGACAAUCACUUAGGUAAAUUACUAGGUGCCAUAGUCUUAUAUAUUACCAACCCAAAGCAGAUAUAGUAUAUGAAGUAUGAAUCUCUGGGGAGCAGACAAUAAAUGCAUUUGCACUUUUUGACCCCAGUAGGUUUGAAACAGCUUAACCUAUAUUGGAAACAUGGAAGGAAAAAACUUGGUGAGAAGAGAAUUACGUUCUAAGCAGUAUGGCAUCUUAAGAGAGUGGAAGUCAAGUGUAAUCUUUUGCUGAAAGUGAGAUAGCAUUUAUAUUAUAAGUUAUUAGGGACUAUUAAUUUUUAUUAAUAAUAUAAACUGAUUUCAUAGCUUUAAUGCUUUUAUUAAUUAUUACAUAAUACUAUUAGGAACUAAUUGUUUUAUUUAUUGGAUUGCUGUUCACUACCCAGACUUGUUUCUGGUGAAAUGGGCAGCUAUAUAAAUUUGAUAAAUAAAAUAUCCAGUCUUGACUUGUUGAAUAAAGCCACAGUUAACUUUUUUGAUAUAUUAUGUGAAGUUUUAACCCAUGGUUGACACACCAUAAUGGCUGGAUUCAAAAAAGCAAUCAGUCAAAGCCAAACAAACCACAGUGUAGCUUAAUGUAAGUUGUGAGCUCAUAAGUCAGGUGAAAGAAAUGCAGGGCAUUGGUUUCCUCUUACAGUUCAUCUGUUGGCUGUAAUAAUGGUGCACCCCCCCCAUUCCCCCAAGCGAUUAAUCACUUUUGAAAGUGUUACUCUUGGAGUGAAGCAUGUGUUAAUGGUGAGAAGGCCCAUGGAUGAAAAGACUGAAGAUCCAGACCAAAAUCUGCCUGCCUUUCGUUUUGCUACAUUGGCAAUACUUAGCCCCCUUUUAUUAUUACCUGAUGUAAUCGGUGGUGAUACUAAGUUUGUUGCAGUGAGCAAGUCCUGGGGCUCUCUCUCAAGACAUCUUUCUGGUUGGACUGAGCAAAGAUCAAACAGUAAGGGUGGAAAGAAGAGCGUGUGACCAGACUGCUAAUGAUCUCACAGCCAUCAGCCUUUUGCUCAGGCCACAUUGGGGCUCCUGCUUACCACCCAGCUGCUGUUUCUGAGGGAAGGCAGUGGGUCACCUUCCUCCUGCAGCCAAAGGUGGAAAACUCCCUGUAAUAUCUCUUCCCAAUACAAAGUGGGUGUCGCAGCCCUCUUCGGUGUAUCCUACUCGUUUUCCCUCUUCUUUGUGCCAUGUCAGAAAUCCCUUCCUUAUUGGGCCAUUGCACUUUCUUUCUCCUUUGAGUGCAUAGCAGGGGGAGGGAGGGGAAACUGCAGCAUUUUAGGCAAAAAAAGGGAGCCUCCCCCCCCACCCCGCACCCCCAGCACCUAAGAUGGCAUGGGUUUUUAACUCUAGUCCCAGGGGCCCUCCCAAAGUGGCUGGAUUGUUUGCUCCAGUCCAAAACAGUUACAAAGCUCUUUUAAUGAGGCUGCUGAGAUUAGGGGGAGGGGGAGGAGAAAGCUAGAGAAAGAAUGGUUUUGAUGUGAAAGAAUAGGAAGUGUGUGCGUAUGUGUGUGUAGAAGCAAUUUAUUGAGUUAACCUUUUCCUUGCUUCAUAUAGGGAUGAGUAGGAUAUAAGAAUAGAAGCUCCCUGCCAACUUGCUGUUGCUCAAGCCUUAAAGGAGAUAUUUCUCCUAUUGUCUGUGCUGCUGAAAAAUCUAACAGCAAGACAAUUAAGUGUCUUAACAGGGAAACAAUGAGUAAAACUUCAGGCCAGGGGAAAGAGAUGGGUACAAGCAAUGUGACCUUCAAAAGGGCAACUGUCCCUUGAGAAAAAAAGUUUGUUUUGUCCUUCCUUUGAUGGGAACCGGAGAAGAUUUAGACCCUUCAUUUAAUGCCCUGAUACUUGGGUUAACAGCCUGUCAGCAUUGACCAGAGGAAAUGUAAUUCAUCAGCAUAGGAGCAGAGAAGAACCUUCAGAUUUCUCAAAUGGAUUCAAGGUGUUGCAGGCUGCUCCUGCCCAGGGGGAUGGAGAGAGGCAACAAGGUGAAGUUAUCUCAUUUAUGAAGGUCUUUGAGCGCAGUGCCUGCAGGUCAAUUGAGACCAUGGUAGAUAUUUUCCAGGAGUAUCCUGAUGAGGUGGAAUACAUCUUCAAACCAUCCUGUGUGCCCCUGAUGAGAUGUGCAGGAUGCUGUAAUGAUGAAGCGCUAGAAUGUGUGCCUACAGAGGUGUACAAUGUCACCAUGGAGAUCAUGAAACUCAAACACUUUCAGAGCCAGCAUAUACAUCCAAUGAGCUUCCAGCAGCACAGUAAAUGUGAAUGCAGACAAAAGAAAGAAGUCAGAAUUAGACAAGAAAAAAAAUCAAAGCGAGGAAAGGGGAAGGGUCAAAAAAGAAAGCGCAAGAGAGGCCGGUAUAAACCACAGAAUUUUCACUGUGAACCUUGCUCAGAAAGGAGAAAGCACUUGUACAAACAGGAUCCCUUGACCUGUAAAUGUUCCUGCAAAUUCACAGACUCACGUUGCAAGUCGAAGCAGCUUGAGUUAAACGAGCGCACUUGCAGAUGUGAAAAACCAAGGCGGUGAGCAGCAGAGAAGAAAGGGAGUGCAGGCACAGCCUCGGUUCUGGAGCCUGACAUCUCACCUGGUCAGAAACAGAAAACAAACACUAAUCCAAAUGAACACUAAAAAUGAAGGAUCAGCAGCGCACAGCACUUUUGAGUAUGGACGAUGGACUCUGGAAGGAACAUUCCCUGAGGACCCGUGCAGGAUUCACCUUUUGGUUUUGAACUGGUUUUACAGAAAAAAACUUUCCUUCUCAUGCUGCUAAGAUAUAGAGCCAGGGAGAGUGGAGUGAUAUAUGCUUGGGACUCCCAAUACACAUGAAGUAUAUGUAUAUGUAUAUGAAUAUGUAUGUGCAUAUGUAUAUAUACUGAAUUUCUAAAACA